GGUCAAUUCGCAUUCAAAUCCAGACGAUUUUUUCGUGUCUUUCACUCUCUCAAUAAAGUGGCAAGGUCAUCCAGAUUAAAGUGAUGGAAGGAAUGAACAGUGUCCAAGAGCUACUUUGACCUCUCUCCGUUUGGUUUGUCAUAGCUAAGGCGCCGCGCAAUAUAUUGUCAUUUCAGCUGUGGCAAGAGGAAACGAAGGAGCAGUUUUAUAAACUAAAUACUGCUGCUAAAUUGUGUCAACAUUAGAGAGGAAUCAAAAUGAAGAAAUGCAGCGCUGCUUGUCUCAAAAUCGCAUUCUGCAUUGCAAUUCUCGAGCUGAUUUAUUUGUUUGUUCACUUAUCUUGGAUGGCUUUCACUCAAGUGAAUCCAUUUGACAGUGUUGAUGCUAACAGCCGAAACAGCUCUUUUAUAACUGCACUGGAAUUGACGUUUGUGCCGCAAUCUGCCUUCACUGAACAGUUAUAUCUGUAUUUCGACUUAAUUGAAAUAUUCUUUUGUGCCCUACUUCUGCUUGCUUUGAUCAAGAGAGUGAAAUGGCUUGCAUACCCGUAUCUGCUGAAAACCGCCAUAUACUCUGCAGUCGGCCUGUUCUACGCAAUCUUGGCCAUAGUCAGCAUAAUGGUUCUGAAGGGAGAAGAUGAAAGCACGAAAUUAAAGGAGAGUAACACUAACAUCUACUUGGCCAUCUUCGGAUUCGUCAUUUUUGUGUACAACGUCACCCUAAUCGCGAUUUUACUGAUCUCGUUCCACAAAACAAGGGAAUAUGAGCCACCCUACAAGCAAACAGGCAAUACGGAGUUCUAUCAGGACGAAUGACGGUAGAAAAAAUCGCUAUAUUAUAUGACACACAUAUUAAAGCGCUGAAUAUUUUAUCUCUGUAUUAUAUAGCAUUUUUAAAUAUUGCAAAUUUAUGAUUGUCGUUUAUUAAAAUUGAAAUCUGAAAAAAAUUAUAAAUAAUUUUAAAACCAAAAAGAGCUUAAAUUAACUCAAAAUAAUUCAUUCUAGUACCUAAAUUUAUUUGAGCAAGAAAAAUGAAAAAAUCAAAAAUGAACCAAAAGUUAAAUUCAUACUUAAAAGAGAAAGAAAUCCGCCCUUCGUUUUCACAGUAGUUAACUUUAAUCAGUUAGGACGGAAAAAUUAAAACAUGUCUCAAAUUUUUGGUUCCAAUUUUUUUUAAAGUAUGAUGUGCAUUUAGUACAGUUCUCUUUAAAAAAGACAAAUCUCUUGAUAUUUGUAAAAAAUGCGUGUUAGAUUUAAAACAAAGUGAUAAGUUUUGCCAAUAAAGCGUGUUCAAUGGACUAUUAGGAUAUACUAAAAACUGCCUCCAACCGCCUAGAGACUAUUUAAAACCGUCAUAUUAGUUGUACGGAAAAACAGUCUACAAAUAGUCAACUGUUUCCUUGGAAAAAAUUUCUAUAAAAUUCACAGCCCUACAUGUCACUUAAAAUAGUUCAUUAUAUAUGAUCGAGGUAUUUAAAUAAAAAUUAAAUUUAACCGUAUAUUCACGAGGAAAUGAGUGUUGAAUUUAGUUACACUUACACUGCCUGCCAAUUAAAAUAAUUUCGUUUUUUAAUAAAUUACAACCAAAUCGUAUACGGCUGAUAUGGCUAGUGUAGAAUCGUUUGCAUAUAUAUUCAUAGUUUUUCCAGCAGAAAAAGAAUGUUAUUGAUAAAAUCAUUUAGUUCACACAAGCAAAUUUUAGGUCCUGCAAAACAAGAGAUAUCUAAAAAUUUCAAAUUACUGAAAUAACAGCAGCAAGCUGGAAAAAAGAAGAAAGAUUAAUGAUGGCCGCGGUAAAAAGAAAAAGAGGAAAAAAUAAAAAGAAAUUAAUGCGAGUGUGUAUAUACAUACAUUUGUCGUCCACAUCAAAAUGCAUCUUGCAAGAAGAGAUUUAGCCAAGGACGAGAUUGUUUUGCAUUCGCUGCGGCUUUUGUGCCGUUUUGCCCAGCAUGAAUAUGCAGAGGGCGUGUGUAUUUAAAUGAGAAGAAGGGUGGGAGGGGUGCGAGCGGGUGAGCGCCAACAGCGAGAGACGGGAAGCAAGGGCGCCGCGCGCGCGUGUGUACGUGUUUUCUAAUUAAUUCUGCGUUGAAUGCGGCUGGCUCGCAAUUUAUUCUGCGAUGCCUCUUUAUUCGAGAGGAGCCGCGCACAUCACAAGAGGCAUUCAUUUAUCUGGAGUCGUGCUGGGCGCGGAUACACAUAAUCUCCGCACACUUUUCGCUCCCCCGGCCGACUCGCUCACGCGACUUUUUCUCGCGUUUAACGUGCGUAACAAUUCCAGCAGGCAACCUGCGCUUCACAUUGUCAUUUUGCUUGCUCUCUUGGCAACACACGCUGAAAAAAAUAAUAAUAAUGCCUGCGUCUGCACCCCCUUAGCCUUACAAUGGACGUGUAGAGUUAGAAAAUACCGAUGUCUACCAAAAUUGA